AUGGCAACCCCAGACUCUAAGAUCGACCAUGCCGCUUCUAUCCGAUACUGGAACAGCGUCGCUGCCAACUCCAACACCAUGCUGGGCAUGUUGGGGAGUUACCCUUGGUAUACACGCAUCGAUCUACGCGGUUCGAAGAGCUUUCUUUCUAAGGUCCGACGAUUGGUACCCGGUUGCACCACUGAAGGGAAAUUGAAGCUGGGAGCUGAUUGCGGUGCGGGAGUGGGGCGCGUAACGGAGGGGUUCCUCAAGGAUGUAUGCGAAACAGUGGACGCAGUCGAGCCGGUCGAGAAAUUCACUCAGGUUAUACGCGACAGUGCUCUGAAGGGCUCUGGUAUCGUGGGCGAUAUUUAUACCGUCGGGUUGGAGGGGUGGUACCCGGAGAAGAAAUAUGACCUGAUCUGGACUCAAUUCUGCGUGGGACAUUUGACGGAUGUCCAGUUGGUUGAGUACUUUGUGCGGUGUCGUGAAUCAUUGACAGAGACGGGAAUCGUGGUAGUCAAGGAGAAUCAAUCGACUGAUCCCAAUGGAAAUGAUAUGUAUGAUGACGAGGAUAGUAGCGUGACGAGGACGGAUGAGAAGUUCAAAGAGAUCUUCAAGCAGGCCGGGUUGAUUGUUGUCACGUCUGAAUUGCAGCUCGGGUUCCCAAAAAAUUUCAAGCUGCUCCCUGUGAGGUUCUAUGCUCUCCGGCCGAAGAGUUGA